AUGGCCGAGCAGUAUUUCACCGACGAGAAGAGCCCUUCGUCAACAGCCAUGGGGACAUGCAAUCACUGUCAACGGCCACCCUGCCGCCAUUCCCCAACGAGCAGCUCAGAAAUUGACGGCGAAGAACACCGAGCAGGCUGUGUUUCAACUUGCGACUUUGGGAAAUGCUCUCAGUCUGCGCCAUCCGAACGUAUUCCAUCAGUUGCUCGGAAGCUUUUGCGAGCCGGUCGAGUCGAAGAAAACGGUAUCCGUCCCUUGGCGGCGGAGGAACGAAAGCAGAAGCGCUUCUGCAACAUAUUUACCGUUUGGUUCUCCAUUAACUCCAACAUUCUCGGUAUAACAUUCGGUAUGCUCGGUCCUCUGGUGUACAACCUAAGCUUGCGUGAUUCCAUCCUUGUGAUCGUCUUCUUCAAUCUGCUUGCAGCCAUCGCAGCAGGAAUUCUUGCCACGUUUGGUCCAAAGACGGGCAUGAGGCAAAUGAUUCAUGCUCGCUAUAGCUUUGGCCGUUAUCUCGUUUCCAUUCCGGUUCUGUUGAAUCUGGCCACGUUGACAGGAUUCACUGCCAUCAUUUGUGUCGUCGGCGGGGAAUGUCUCUCAGCAAUAUCGUCAGGAACCAUAACACCGAAUGUAGGCAUUGUUGUAAUUUCCAUCUUGUCCUUGAUUGUAUCCUUUGCCGGGUUCAAGGUGUUGCAUAUUUUUGAAACCUUUUCUUUUAUCCCUGCUCUCAUUAGUAUCAUAAUAGCUGCUGGGGUUGGCGGGAGCGGACUCAAACAACAGAAAGAGCCCGCAGCACCCGUAACGGCCGCUGACAUCUUGACCUUUGGUAUGAUCAUUGCCGCGUAUCAAAUCCCUUGGGCUGCGAUUGCCAGCGAUUUGACAACGUAUUUUGACCCCAAAGUUCCGUCGUGGCGAGUAUUUCACUACACAUAUUGGGGCCUUGUCAUUCCCACUGUACUGCUCAUGUCUCUCGGUGCGGCUAUUGCAGGUGCGCUACCUAACAAUCCCAUCUGGGAAGAAGGCCAUGACGCAUAUGGCGUAGGCGGAGUUCUGGCGGCCAUGUUGAGUAGCGCAGGCGGAUUCGGUAAAUUCGUAGUAGUGCUGCAGACGCUCUCUCUGCUAGGCAAUACUUGUGGUAGCUUCUAUGCCAUCACACUGAACUUUCAGGCUCUCGCACCCAUUCUCUUCAAGGUUCCCAGGUACGUGUUUGCGGUAGUCGUUACCGCAAUCAUCAUUCCGGUGGCAAUAUAUGCAUAUCGCGACUUUUAUGCUGGCCUUAACAACUUCAUGUCGCUGAUUUCGUAUUGGUCGGCGGCAUUUGUGGGCAUCGUCAUGACGGAUCAUGUCGUCAUUCGGCGCUGCCGCUUUGAUUCCUACGACCAGACCUUGUGGGACAAAGGAAGCAAGCUGCCGUUGGGCGUGGCAGCCAUUUCCAGCGGCGUGGUUGCGUUCGGCUUGGUGGUUCCCUGUAUGAAGGAGGAGUGGUAUGUUGGUCCAAUUGCGGAAAAGGCAGGCGAUAUUGGUUUUGAGGUGGCAUUCGCGCUGAGUGCGUUGGCGUAUGUGCCGCUUCGAAUUCUAGAAGAGCGUUUUACGGGGCGAUGA